AUGCAACAAGUAUGGAUUGGUUUUAUAUUAUUAGUACUUAGUUGGUCAUUAUCUAUUGAUGGUAAAGCUAUUCGUAAAGGACCAUUAAAUGAAACAUUACUUGUUGGUCAGAUUAUUGGACCAUCGGGUGAUGCUAUACGUAAUCUCAAGGGCAUGAUACUUUCAAUAAAUGUAUAUGUUAAUCACACAAUUCUUCAUAGUUCGUUGACACCUAUCACAACUAGUACAUUUCCAUUGAAUUAUUCAAUUGUACUUACUGAUCAUGAUUUUAAACUCGAGAAAGCAAAAAGUUUUUAUAUUGUUAGUAUGAUAUGGCAACCAGCUUAUAUACAUGAAAAUCAUGUUAAAUUAUCAGAAAAGGAUAUUGAUACGCUUGAUUUCAAUAUGCGUGCAAUUAAAUUUGUUAUUAUUCGUGGUGAAAUUAUUCAUCAUAAUCAUAGUAAAGACCAUGAUUUACCGGGAACACAAGUGAAAUUAGAACUUAUGGAAGAUAAAGAAAAAGGUCAUAUUAUUGAUCAAGUUGAUUUUACAUGUACAUCAAAAAAAUAUCCUUGUCGAUUUGAAUAUUGGCUUGAUACAGCUCGUGUUAAAGCAAAUGUUGAAUAUAAACUUGAAGCUAUUAUUGCUGAUCAUAUAUUACCAGCAAGAAAAUCAACUCAUCAAAAACAUCAAAAUAAAAUGGUAGAAACAAAAUCAAGUUAUCCAGCAAAAUUCAAAAUUGAUCCAACAGUUGAUACUGAAAUAAAUGGUUAUCAAAUAAUUGUUGUCGAUGUUUAA